AUGACGGAUCAGGGCGGCGAACCGAGACCGGAAUCGCCCUUGCAGCGCAUGCCGUCGCUCGCGGCGUGGAACGGCGAGGAGGCGCGCGCGGCCCCCGCGGCCGCCGCGGACGCGCCCGAGCGCGAGGGGGGGAAACUUCCAGGUUCGGCGAUCGAGCAACACCCACGCGGCGCGGCGGAUCGCGCGACGGGCGCGGACGCGAGCGAAGGCGUGCGGACCGCCGACGCGACCACCGCGGUCACCGCGGAACCGCCGUCGAUCGCGGAAAGAGCGACCGUCGCGCCGUCUCGCGAGCGCGCCGAGGCUGGGGUCGUAGGGGUUCCCGCCGGCGUCGGUGAUGAAAAUCCAGAUCUCGUCGACGACGUCGCCGGCGCGCGCGCGAACGCGCCGGGCGUCGUCGCAUCCGACUACGCGGGCGUGUUCGCCGGCGCGCGACGGCCCGCGGACGGGGAGAAGAAGCGCACGACGCUGAAGGAGACCCUGGGAAGCGCGUCGUCGUCGCUCGUCGCGCGCCACGACGGAUCGGCGGCGGCGGACGACCCUUCGGCACCCGCGGCACCCUCGGCCGCGACGCACGGCGUCGUACACCCCCCGAGCCAGCUGCAGCAGCAGCAGCAGAAUCGCGGUCGAGGUCAUCAGCAUCUCACCUCCGUCGGAGACCUGGACGCGGGCGCGAUCGCCGCGGCCGCGGGCGCCGCCGCCGGCGCGGCGUCCGCGCGCGAGAACCUCGCGGCGUACGCCGCCGCGGCCGCCGCGAGCGGCGGCCUCGGCAGCCUCGGCAGCCUCGGCCUCGACGGCGGCGGCGGCGCGGGCAUCGGCGUCGGCGCGACGGCGGCGAGAAAAAACGCAAACGCCGCGUUUUUCGCGGCAGCGAACGCGGCGAACAUCGUCGCCGCGAACGCCGCGACCGCGGCGGCGUCGUUCGCGUCCCACACCGCCCAGGGCAUCCAUAAACCAGGGCUAUCGGCCGCGGGUGCGGGUAACAUGUCCGCGGGGGGCCCGGGGUCCUCCAUCGCCGGCUUGGGCGCCGCGGAGAUGAUGGCCGCCAUGGGCGCGGCGGCGCAAAACGGCGGGCGCAAUUUCGGGCUCGAGGAGCGCGUGAAUCGCGAGCUCGUGAACGAGGAAGUGCGGCUGCGGGACGUCGUCCACGCCGCGCAGCUCGCGGAGCUUCAGGCGCACCGCGUGGCCGAGGCGACGCUCAUUGCGGCGCGCGACGACGAGCAGGCCGCGCUCGUCGCGCUGCUCAAGCCCGAGCUCGCGUCGUACGCGGCCAAGGCGAGAGCGGCGGAGCUGUCGCUGCAGAAACAUCGCGCGGUGAUGAGCGAGAUCGAGAGCAGGGGGCUCGGGACCCGAUCGGCGGCGGCGGCGGCGGCGGCGGACCCGGGGGCGCCCGCGGCGGCGGCGGCGGCGGCGGCGGCGGAGCGGGGGCACGCGGCGACGCUGAAGGAGCAGCUCGCCGCGUUCGAGGCGAUGGGCGGCGAUCGCGAGACGGUCAUUCAUCACGGGGGGUCAGCAGCGCAGUCUCAGUCUGCGGCGCUUUCGGCGGGUGCGGCGAACGACCACGUCGCCGCCACCGUGAGGGCGCGAUUGGCCGCGGCGGCGUGGACUCCCGGCGGCGCCAGCCUCCACGGCCUCGGCGGGGCUGGGAACCUUUCAGGGCGCGUCCAGGGCGCGAACGACGCGAUGAAACAGGCGGCGGCGCACGCGGCGGCGGCGCACCACGCUGCCACGGCCGCGGCGGCGGAGGCGGCGGCGCCCGGGGGCCUCCACGACAUCCCCGUAUCCGGUUACGUGGACGCGCAAGCGAGAAAGAAGGAACAAGACGCGAUGAAGAGACGCGCCAACGACAGGGCGCGCGAGGAACGGCUCAAGUCCGAGCUCGCCGCGGAGGAGGCGGCGCGCUUGAAACGCAAAGCCGACACCGCGGCGAGGAGGAACGCCAAGUACAACGCGGACGGCAACGUCGUCGCGGACGACUACGACGGGUGGUCCGCGGCGAAGAUGCGAAAGCGAUUCAAGCCGGACGCGUGCGACGACGCGGACGCGGCGUCUGCGGCGGCGUCGUCGUGGGACGGGAAGAACGACUGGCGGAUCACCGCGGAGGAGGUUCUCACGCGGCUUCUCAACGCGGACGAGGACGAGAUCUUCCACAAGCCCGUGGAUAUCGUCGCGCUGAACAUCCCGACGUACCCGGACCACGUCGUCGGGCGAGGACGCUGGAUCCAAGGGACGAACAAGGUCGCGUGCGGGUUACGGAGGGAGGUUGGGCGGGGAGGCGAACGCGCGCACGGCGCGUUGGCGAAGGCGCACGCGAAGCCCUUCUUCUUUUACGGCGGCGGCGAGGAGGCGAUGAAACAUUCGCGGCCGCUCGGCGGCGCGGCGCCGCCGGGGCUCGGGCUCGGCUGGCUCGACGUCUCUUCCGACGAGGACGGCGCGCUGCACUCGGAGAUCGCCGCGGACGAGGUGAACGACGCGCUCGUGAAGUACGCGUCGCUCGCGCGGCUCGCGGAGGCGGGGUCGGGGAUGAAGGGCGUCGGUCGAUACGCGGGGACGCGCGGGUACAGCGAGUAG